CUUUCCUGUGUUCUUCAAAUAAUAGACUAAAAAAUAACAGAUACAAUAAUUCUUUGUACGGGAGUCGAAAUUUAUUUUUCAUGUUAUAUCUUCUAAAGGAUUCCAUGAAUAAUUAAUAACCGUACGUUAAAAUACUAUUAUUUGAUAUGUAGUCAUGUCAACAAGGAAACGUCUCGCGUAUCUUCUACUGAGACUUUGUCACUCGAUACGUUUAUUCCCACGAUAAUAAAAAUUCGUGUAAACAAUAGGGCGAUGAGUUGGUACAUUGCAGAAUUAAAAACGACGGAUUAAUAUAAGAUGUUACUGUACACGAUAAUCGGAGGUUAUAUGAUAACGUCGAUGAUAUUGUUUAAAUAUCCAACGUUAUUGCACAAAAAGAAAAAAGUAAAAUUUACGUGUCAACAUAUCAGCCACAGAGGAGGAGCGGGGGAGGGCUAUGAGAAUACGAUGUAUGCCUUCAAACGUGCUGUUGCUAUUGGAACAGAAAUGUUGGAAUUGGAUUGUCAACUCACAAAAGAUGGAGAGGUAGUCGUGUCUCACGAUCAAAAUCUUUUACGCUGUACAGGUACAGAUAAGAAUAUUUCAGAAUUGGAUUACAAAGAUCUACCUCUAUUGAAACUGUGUCUUCCAAUUGAUUUUGAUCCAGAUGCAGAAUAUAUUGGUCCGGAAAAAGAAGAAGAGAGACGGUUUCCCCUAUUGAAAGAAGUAUUCGAGGCAUUUCCCAAUAUGCCAAUUAAUAUUGAUAUUAAAAUUAACAAUGAUGAACUUAUAUCAAAGGUGUCUGAACUGAUAAAGCAGUACAAUCGCGAAGAAUAUACAGUUUGGGGAAAUUUUGAUGAUAAGAUAACACAGAAAUGUUAUAAAACGAAUCCAAACGUGAACUUGUUAUUCUCUAUGCGACGUGUAAGCUUGUUAAUAGUUCUCUUAUAUACUGGCUUGUUACCAUUUGUGCCUUUAAAAGAAACGCAUCUGGAAAUAUUUCUACCUUCCAUUUAUAUAAGGCACCGAGUUCCGAAAUCAACAUUUUUACCUUUAGAAAAGAUUCUUGUGCGCACUAUUAAUGUACUACUAAUGAGACGAUGCUUAUUCAACCAUUUAAGAGCUCGCGGGAUACACGUUUAUUUUUGGGUCUUGAAUAGAGACGAAGAAUUUCAGAAAGCUUUUGAUCUUGGAGCAACUGGUGUAAUGACAGAUUAUCCUACAAGAUUAAAAUUAUUUUUAAAAACUCAUUCGUUUGCAUAGACAUGAAUAGCAAAUUCCAGAAAACACGAGAAAUAUUUAUACAUAGUAUUCUAUGAGUCCAUAUGAAGCUUUUAUCAAGCAACUGAAUUCUAAUUACUGGAAACUAAAGAUAAGAAAGUAUUAGAAUAGCUUAUUCAGAAAGUUGCACAUACAGUAUGAGUAAUAGAUACCAUAGCGCAAAUAUGUUACUUAAAAAUUUAGUUUUACUAUUCCAUCAAAUCCAAAUGAUUAUUAAUUGUUGAAUUCAGUAUUAUUGUAUUUUUGUACAUUCUACAAUGGACAAAGUACAAUUCAAUGUUACUAAUAAUGAUUGUUAUAAACACUGCACACAUAGCUUAACUAUAAAAUACUAAAUUAUUUAUUAAAAAUUGUUUGCAACAUUUUCAUAAAUAUAUAAAUAUUUUUUUAAGUAAGACAUUAAUAAAUUACUUUAUCUAUUCUAUAUGUAUAUAUAUAUUCAUUACAAAUUAUAAUAUAAUAUUUUUAUAAAAUACAUAUAUGAGUAUUUAUGAAAUAUAUCGAUGAACACAAAUGGCAAGUGUCGGCGGAAUGUGUAGUACAUAAUUUGAUCUGAAAGAUAUUUUCUUACAUUCAGUUACGUAUAUUUCUAACCUAAAUAUUGCAAAAAUUACCUAUCACAGUACAAUUUGCAAAUUGAAAGUUUCUAUAAACAGAUGUAAGACGAUGUAUUUUGUAUACCUAUCUUAAACAUAAUUCUAUAUACAAAUACUUUUGUAUUUAGAAUCAAUUUUAAGAUAUCUGUAAGUUUAAAUUCAAUCAUUUCUUGUACAACGGUAACUUCUUUCGAAUGGAAUUUUGUGUAUUUCUUGUUGCACAACUGCUUCCAUAAUUUUAAACAUUUUUAUAUCCAUGUUUACUUGUAUCCAUGUAUCUUCGGUUAUAUUUUAUAAAAAAGUCUUUAGCACUUUUUUGUUUUGUAAUUGCAAUAAAGAAUUAAACUUA